CAAUAACCCUAAUCCUUUCAUUUUGCAAUAGCCCUAAUCCUUCAGCUGUUCUCUCGCCUUCCAUCACAGCUCUCUCUCUUUCAUCACGGUCUCGCCCUUCCAUCACCAGUCAACGAUUCGAACUUCUUUUUCACAAUGUAAGUUCUUCAAGUGAAAGCUUAAACCAUCACUCUCUCUAUCUUCCUAUUCCCAACCCAACCAUUCCUAUUCCCGACAUCAUUUAAGUAGAUUUUGAAGCAAUUCGGCUUCGAGUGGGUAGGGGAAGAAGUGCUGUCAUCAAGCCGGGAAUACGGAAACAGCCAAAGCAGAUUUGAGAUUGGAAUUUAGUUCACGCGACAACGCAUCCUCCCAAUUUCAAUGAUUCUGCAACCACUAUUUGAUCUCAUUCUGUACCUAAGAUUGUUGUUUUCAAAUUUUUUUUCUUUGUACAGGAGGAAAUAAUCGAUCGUAGCUUGGAUUGUUGGAACAAGUUUUGUCAUUGAUUAGUCUGAUUUCGUUUUUCAGCUUUUGACACCAAAAGCAAGGCCAGGCUGGGUGUUGUCUUGAUCAAAAUUAUUCUGUUCAUCAUUUGGUUGAGAGCCUUUAUAGAUCAGGAAGGAUAAAUAAUAAGCUGACAAUGAAAUGAACGGUUAGUGAAGUGGAAAAAGUGAGUGAAAAAAAUACCGAAGCUUCAACUUCAAAAUCAUCCCAACCACCGCCGAAGAAGAGACAGGGCCCAACACGAUGCAAGAAUGUCAUAGACGCGACAACCUUAUUACCUUUAAGGGUUAAUAAGUUUGGACAGCCGAUCGGUUCUGGAAGUGGUACAUAUACUAAUUAUUUGGGAACACUUGCCCGGAAGGAUAGAUUAGCUCUUUUGUGCACAAAACUUGGUGGGAGAUGCCUAAACGGCUGAAGGAGGAUAUGUGGAACAUUGUAAAGGGAAAAUAUGAUGUGGGAAUCAUGUCAAAACAGUGGAUAUUAUCCUCCAUCGGAAAAAAUGGAGGGGGUACAAGUGUAAAUUAAAAAAUGAAUAUUACUCGGUUAGGGAUACAGAUGAAGAAAGAUUGGCAAACCCACCACCUGAUGUUGAAAAGGAGCAUUGGGAAUUUUUGGUUAGGCAUUGGGGUACGCCUAUGGCGAAGGAGGUCGGCAAAAAAAAUAAAGAACGUUGUGGGAAACAGACAAUGAUGCAUACCACAGGGACAAAAAGCUUUGCACGUAUUUCUGCCAAGAUUGAGGAAGACGAAAGUAUUCAGCUUUCUCGUGCAGAUUUAUUCAUCCGCGCACAUGUAAAUAAGGAUGGCAAAGCUACUGAUGCUGCUGCUUCGGAGAUGAUUGAAAUCAUAAGAGAACUUCAAAAAAGUUACUUUGACUCGCCUAUUGGUAGUUCCAAUGAUUUGUUCUCCAUUGUGAGGGGAGAAGAGAGAACUGGUCAUAUGCGGAUGCUUGGCUUUGGGCCUACACCAAGCGAUGUUUGGGGGCCCUCUCCUAAUAAAGAUGAACUGAUUAAUAAUGUGAAAAAAUCUCAGAAGGAGGCACGUGUAGAAUUGCAGGAGAUGAUUUCAAAAAUGCAAGCCGACUAUGACAAUAAGUUAGAAAAUUUACGAGCUAACUACGACGACAAGUUGGAAAAUUUACAACAACAGGUGGCUAUGCUAAUGCAGAUGCAACAACAAAAUUGUAGUGGACAGAGUGUCCCCAAAUUCAUUUUCUAGUCAUGAUGCCAAUUCAAUUAAGGUUAUGAACUUUUAAUUUCUCUUAUAUAUAUGUUAAAUUUUCAUUUAUUAUAAUGUGCGCUUAAUGAAUUUAUAAAAAAUGUAGGGUAAUUCAGAUCAAAUGGGCAAGAAGACUUGUUGAAAUUGAAGCUGAAGCUGAAGAUGGGGUCGUGCCUGUGCUUUCUAAAUUUCCUUCCCCUUGGAUGGGUCCUUUUUGAAAAACUUGUACUACAUUUGUCAAAAAUUCUUAAUUCUUUUUGUGUGACAUUUAGUAGCUUUAUCUAGACAAUUUGGAUGGUAUUUUCAUAGUGGUAGGUUAACUUGUGGUUGUAUUAGUAUACAUUUUGGCUUUUUGGUUGACAUUUACCAGCUUUAUCAAUUAGUAGCCAAUUUCGAUGGUAUUUUUCA